AUGCAAUAAAUUCCAGAUAAUUAUUAUGAUGAAGUAAUUAUCAAUAUUUAUAGAAUCUUAGUUAGCCAUCAUAGCAUUGCAAAAACAUAGAAAUGAGAGAACUCCUGUAGAAGUGUUUUAUAUGUCCAAAUAUUUUAGAUAAUUCCAAUGUUUUUAAGGAUACAAUGAUGAAAUCAUAAGAAAUUGUUGCAGUGUAAUUAAUAAUAUUUAUAGUAUUAGAAAAUGAGAUAUGAAGUACUACAUCCAAAUCAAUUAAUUUAUAAGAGAUUUGAUUAAAUUACUGAGGAUUAAAAGAAGUUCUAUAUCAUUUUGUAAGGAGAACUAGGAAUCUAUUUGUCAAUUGGUUUACUUCCAGAAAACUUUAAAGAUAUAGAAUUUGUUGAAGUUUCAUCUAUUAAAAUGUAUUAACAUUUUGGACAUCAACUAUUCUUAAUGGCAAAAGAAGAUAUCUAUGAAUAGUAAUGAGAAUUUCUAAUUAGGUAUGGUCUGAUAAUAAAAGCAAAGAAAUAAACAUAUGUUGCUACACUCAACUUUCAAUAUUUUCAUGCAUAUAUUCAUUAAUAAGAAUAACGGAAAAUGAAUUCUGAAAUUAGUAGAUUGUAUGAUUUCUGCUUAUUUAAGGAAAUUUAAUAUAAAGAGUUGAAAGUAUUAUUCAAUUACACUAAGGAAAUUCUAUAUCAAUUCUUAUUAACAAUUACAUUGUUAUAAGGAUAAAGUAUGCUAAUAAGGUGAUCCAGCACAUUGUGUUUAUUUCAUACUUCGAGGAUAGUAUUCUCUAGUAAGAAGAACAAAUGAACAUGAAAUUUAAACACUUGGAAUCAUAUCUGAAGGAGAGAUUAUUGGAGAAUAUGAGAUAUUAAAUAAUAUUGACUCCAGACCUUUCUCUUUAAUAUGUUAAUCUGAAAAAGGUGAAGUACUCAUAUGUGAUACCUAAUUAUUUCAAAAUUAUGUCUUUUAAUUGAUUAGAGACAAUUUAGAAUAAACUAUUUAAGCAAAAUUCAAUUUCCAUUAGAUGGAUAAAACAUCAAUUAAAUUUGAAUUAACUAAACUAAAUUAAAAUAUUCAUAGAAGAUAAUCAAUUGAAGAAGUAUGCAAACAAAAUAAAUAUCAUUAUCUAAUGAGACCAGCACCAAAAAAGAUUCAUUAAUAAAAUAGUGAAUAUAAAGGAAAACCAUCAUAUUAUCAAUUAUUUGUUAAUAUAUAUAAUAUAGCAAGUUAAUAAACAUAGUAAUUAUUUUAUCUAUAAUUUUUAAAAUAGAUUAGCUAAUGAUGAAAGGAAAAGAAGAAUCACACAUUAUGUUAGAAACACUCUCAAACCUAUGUAAUAAAAAUUAAAAUAAGCCUUAAAUGUAUCAGCAAAUAAAACAGAUGAAUCUAUUAGUAAAAAUAACAAAGGAUUUCCUCUUCAUAAUGAAAUGCUUAUUUAAGCACUAAAGAGAAAUAAUGAUUCGAGAUUUAGAAAGACCUUUCAAAAAACAUAAAGUUUGGCUUCUAUUAGCCCAUCAAAAAAAUAAAGUAGAGCAGACAUUGUUGAUUUGGGUGAAAAUUUAAUAAUAAAGAAAUAAUAUAAAUCAAGUGAUAAACUUAUAUAAAAUAAUUAAUGA